AAGUCUCAUGUAAUUCAUAGUUAACGAAAGAUGCAAUGACGCAUAAAUGUUGUGUACGAGAUUGUGAAGAAAUCGUAAAAGAAAGUAGAAUAAAAGGUUUACCUUUGCAUAAAUUUCCAAAAGACGUUUUGUUGAGAAAUAAAUGGCUUUCAAGCGGUGGUUUUGAACUAGACUUCAAACCAACUACAAGUCAGAUUGUUUGCUAUAAGCAUUUCAAACAAGCGGACUACGAAAUCGGUAGAAGCCACAAGUUAUUUUUAAAGAAAGGUUCUAUUCCAACAAUCUUCGAUGAUUACGAAAAUCAUCCUGAUCCUGUAGGACCAUCUUCAGCUUUUAUAACUUCCAGACUUCAGGCAAAAGAAUUAAAAUUAUCGCAGUCACUUGCAUUAUCCGAAUUUGAUAAUUCAAAUAAUUAUUUUGAAACUUCGUGCUCCAGUUUGGAGGCGUCUAUGGACUCUUCAAAUUCUGUCCAUUGUAGUUUUUCCAAAAAAGAUUGUGAUCAAAUAAAAACCAAAGAAGUGAAUUUUGAAACAUCUGAUACAAUAAAUACAAGUAGAAAAGCUAUAUUAAAUUCACCAUUGCAAAUUUCGCCCUUUCUUAAUUCUGAAGGAAAAAGUGCCUCAGAUAUAGAUAGUGAAACUCAUGAACAAAUAAGUACUAUAGCAAUUGAAGAUUCAAAAAAAACAAAAGUAAAUGAUUCUAUGUCGAAAAUGUUAAGUAGAGCAGGUUUGAACUUUUUACCUGGAUCAAAAUUAGAAGCAAAAGACUUUAAUGAAAAAUGGUAUUCUGCUCGAGUUGUAGAGACUGAUUGGAUUGAAAGAGAAGUGCUUAUUCAUUUUGAUAAAUGGAGUUCAAGAUACGAUGAAUGGAUUCCAAUGGAUAGUUCUAGGUUACGAAUGUUACAAGUUCAAUCUAGGGAAACAAAAUUAAAAGAAUUCAUGAUAGGAGAAAGAAUCUUAGCUACUUGGGUUGAUGGAAAAAAGUAUCCUGCAAAAGUUAAUGGUAGCCUUGGAAAUGAUAAAUAUGAUGUAUUAUUUGAUGAUGGAUAUUCUAAAAUAUUAAAAAGUUCAAAAAUGACCAAACUUUUAGAAAUAUCUGGUAACAAAUUAAAAGAAGAAAAUAAUUACGUUGGUAGUAAGCAAGAACGGAGAGAUAAAAAACGAAAGCAUACCAUAACCGAAUUAUUUCAUUCUCAUUCAAAAAAGAAAAUAAAAACUGAAAAUGAGAAAUUAAGUAAAAAAAAAGUUAAAAAGGAUAUUUUUAAAUGUAGUAAUAAUUCUGAACAAAUUGUUUCAAAAUGGUUUGAUAAGAACUCGGAUGAAAAUGCUUCUGGUGAUCUAGAAGAAGAUUAUGCUACAUUUAUUGGAAAUUUACGUGUUGAAAUUGAAGAUAGUACUUACAAAUGUCCAAAAAAUGGCUGUAAUAAAAAUUUUAGAAAAGAAAAUUUAUUACAAAUGCAUAUAAAACACUAUCAUCCUGAAUAUUCUAAAUUUUUGGGAUCUACACCAAAUGUUGCUGAUUUAGCUUAUGCAAGAACAAUUGGAGAGUCCGUUGAAGAUAUUAUCCCAAAAAAGUCUAGAAUUGUUAAUACACAAUCAACUCAAACUCUUCAUGGGACGGUUCAAUCAAUUUCUCCAAUAAUUGAUACAGAAUCUGAGCAAACUGAAAUAGAUGAUAAACUUGAAAAUAAAGAUAUUUCAGAUAAUAAUACAAUUGCCAUUGAAGAUAAUUUAUCAAAGCAAAAUAAUAGUUGUACAAUGUCUCCAGGAACAUUAUUUGAUAUGCGCUUUAAAGAAGAAAAAGUUCAUACUGGCAUAAAAACCUUACCUCCUGUUAGGCAACCUUUAGUGGUAGAAGUAGAAGAAAAUCUACAAAUACCGGAUUGUAAUAAUGAAAAUGAUACUCAGAAAUUGAUCAAUAUAAGCGAUAAAGGAAAAAUAUACAAAAAAAGACAACAGCAAUAUUAUUAUGAUUCUGCAGAUAAAAUUAAAAAACCAAAAAUUAUAUCAGAAAAUGAUGAAAAUUAUGAUCAUUGUGAUGAUAGUUUAUUAGAUGGAGAAGAUAUUUUAGAUUUAAAUUAUAAAUGUAUUACAAAUAAUAAUAAAUCCAAAGCAGGUAAUAAUGAUAAUAUUUCAAUUAAAAAUAGUGGAAUUAUGAUGGUAAAUGGUGAAUUCAUUAAAGUGGAAAAACUACGUAGGGAAGAAAUAAUUAAUUGUACUUGUGGUAUUACCGAAGAAGAUGGAUUAAUGAUACAAUGUGAUCUUUGUCUGUGUUGGCAACAUGGUCACUGCAAUGCUAUAGAAAAAGAGAAAGAUGUUCCUGAAAAAUAUAUAUGUUAUAUAUGCCAACAUGCACAUAGACAAAGAGCAUCGAAAAAAUAUUUUCAUGAUCAAGAUUGGAUACGCGAAGGAAAAUUACCCAGUAUAUAUCAUUAUUCUAGUAAUAACUUAAAAUUAAAUGAGAGAGCAGCAAUGUUAAAAAGAUCUUACGAUUUAAUAGCUGGACUGCUACAAAUACAAACUUUACUUCAUAGCUUAAGAGUAAAGGUCAAUGUUGCUCAAAAUAAAGACCAUCCUAAACUUUAUCUUUGGGCAAAAAAUUGGUGUAAAAUAAUAAUUCCAUCUUUAAAAACUGAACCAGUACCAAUUUUAGAAAUAAUAAAAACUGAAGAUUUGACUGAUAAUUAUACUGAAAAUAAUACUAAAGAAAAAUUAGAAAUUUCUUUUUCAGGAAAUGAUUGUGAAAAAUUAAUUACAUCUGAUACAGAAUUAAUGAAAAUUUUGGAAGAGGAUAGUACUCAAGCUGAAGAAUCAAAGCCUUCUACAAAAUAUUCUGUGUCUAAUGAUUUGAAGGAUGAAGGGAGAAUUUUACUAGAUGCAUUAACAAAAAAUGGAUUUGAAGAGCAAGAUGAACAAGUAUCAUUAAUUAAGCAUGAAAGUAACAUUCACAAUUUACUUAUGAAAGAGAAUUCAAUUGCACAAUGUGCUAAUUCUGAAAAAUUAAAUAAAUUACAAAAUGUCUCAACUGAUGUUAGAAUUAAACCACUAAGCACAUUACAACCAAUCAUACCAGAACCAGAAGCUCCGAUAGAUCCAAUUGAAUGCAAAUUACGAUUACUGGAGCAUAUUGAUUAUUUUCAAAAUUACAUAGAUUCUACACUAACUUUUAUGGAAGUGCAACUGUCUGCCUUAGAAAGUAUGAAUAUUACUGAAAAACAAAAUAAUAACCAACAUAUACAAACCAAGCAAACAAUUCAAAUGCUUUUGCAUGAUUUAGAAUCCAUUCAAAAACUUGCUGCAUUAUGUUAAUGUAGUUAUGUAUAUAUAUAUAAAUUUU